CGCGGAGUCAUAGCCUGGCGCUUCCCCGUCGUUGCUCAGCAGCCGAGCGGGAGAAGUUUCUUGCUCUCUGGGACGGCACGGCAGGAGACGAGACUUCUUCACCACCAUCAUGCUGGCCCUGAUGCUGACUGUGCUCCUGGCCGCCGGCUCGGCGGUACUGGCUGAGCCCCUCAAGUUCGUGGACUGCGGUUCCAAAGAUGGAAGUAUUUCAGAGGUCAAUGUGACUCCUUGCCCUACCCAACCUUGUCUUCUCCACAAAGGAGAGUCGUACAGCGUUAAUGUCACGUUUACUAGUAAGGUUGACAGCCAGGGCAGCCAAGCAAAAGUAUAUGGAGAAAUGAUUCACGUGGACAUCCCCUUCCCACUUGAUCAGCCUGAUGGGUGCAAGUCUGGGAUCAAUUGCCCUAUCCAGAAGGAACAUUCUUACAACUACCUGACCAAGCUACCAGUAAAGACUGACUACCCAUCUCUUAAACUAGUUGUCAAGUGGGAGCUGCUUGAUGACCAAGGCGAGAUGUUGUUCUGUUGGAAGAUUCCUGUCCAGAUCACCAGCUAAGAAAGCCCUGAUUAGCCCUUGGGGGCUUACGGGGGAGGGAAAAAGAGGGGGGUGGGUCUAGAGAGGAAUCAAAUGCCUUGCUGUACAAGGCAUUUCUUGCUUUAGUUCCUCUAGCAUCUGUGCUCUCCUCCCCCAGAGUCGAAGUCUAGAUGCAGCAAGGGGGUGCUAGUCAGAACUAAUCUACCCAAGAGAGACUUGGGGCUGAAGGAAGUCUGACUGUAACUCAGGGCAAAGUUCUUGUAACCAUUAACAGAGGUGGUCUGGGGGAGGAUUUUGAUUGCUCAAAAUGGAAUGUGUAUCAUGAAAAUAUUUUUUCUGUAAGAGAAACUGGGCCAACAAAACAAAUAUCUGGAUGAUUGCUGCUUGUCAACACUUUAGUGCCUCUCAUGGUCAGAUGCUGGCUGCUGGCUUCCAUGUGCUUCUCCCGUGCCCUUAUCCUUGCCCACAUCCCUGCUCUCUCACCAGCUCAGCUUUCCUUGGAUCUGCAUUUUUCCCCUGGAGCCAAAAGAAGACUGAACAGCCACCUUCAGUGGCUACUUGCUACAGAGAGGGAAAACUAUCCUCUCAGUAGACGCCAAACCAAAUGGCAUUUGGUCUCUCUGCAGAGAUCAUUUGUAUUAACCAUUUUGCACUAUCUUGUAAUUCACCUGGAGUUGCUGGGGGAGGUGUUCUCCAAAUCCAGCCUCUUUUUAUAACUUUCUUUUAAUAAACUCUUUCUGAUGAAA